GAAAGCACCAAGUUGCUUUGCAAUUCACUGGCCUCCCCAGGAUUCAAGUCAGAGACGGAAGUGCACCAAACACCAAGGGAGUGGAUUUACUGAACUUCUUCCCUGUACCCGACAGUGCGUAGUAGCGCGGACUCUUGCCGUAACCCAAGACGGCAACCGUCGCUCAUAUUUAAGCCCGUACAAUGACGUCACACAGCGACAGCAACGCCCUGUCAUCCUGAGAUUUUACUACAUUUCCCAGGAUGCUUUGCCAACAGCGACGCUAUUGGUCAGCGCCGACGGAAGAGCUUCUGACUGAGCGGAAGUAGAGGAUCUCAGAGGCGAAGAGGGUGAGGACGAGUGGAGCUGUGAAGCUAGUUUCAGCUUCACCUCCCUCACUGAUUCAGCAUGGGGGAGAAGUCAGAAAACUGUAGAGUGCCAGAGGAUCUGUUCAAUGGUUUGAAAGUUACAGAGCUCCAGGAAGCAGAGCGUGUUAACCCUCCAGCGUCUAAUGCCAAAGAUCACCAUCCCCAGAGCAAGCUGCUCAGGGAUGUUGAGGCCCGUCCCCAGGAGGACCGAGGAGAAGAGGAGUGCUUUCAUGAUGCAAGUGCCUCAUUUGAGAAGGAGGAGCCAGGAGUGGACAAGGUUGAGAACAAACCUGAUCAUGAUGUGAAUUCCUCUGAACUAGAUGACGAAUACCUAAUGGAACUGGAAAAAAACAUGCCAGAUGCAGAGAAAAAGAGAAGGAGAGAAGAGAGCUCUAGACUAAAGGAGGAGGGAAAUGAGCAGUUUAAGAAAGGAGAUUAUAUAGAAGCUGAAAGUACUUACAGUCGAGCCCUUCAGAUGUGUCCAUCCUCCUUCCAGAAAGACAGGUCUAUUCUGUUUUCAAAUAGAGCUGCUGCAAGGAUGAAACAGGACAAGAAAGAGAUGGCCAUCAGUGACUGCAGCAAAGCAAUUCAGUUAAACCCCAGCUAUAUCAGGGCAAUAUUGAGGAGAGCGGAGUUGUAUGAGAAGACUGACAAGCUGGAUGAAGCCCUGGAAGACUAUAAAUCCAUACUAGAAAAAGACCCAUCAGUACAUCAAGCAAGAGAAGCUUGUAUGAGGUUACCUAAGCAAAUUGAGGAACGUAAUGAAAGACUAAAGGAAGAUAUGUUAGGUAAACUAAAAGAUCUUGGGAACUUGGUUCUUCGGCCUUUUGGACUCUCCACAGAGAAUUUCCAGAUCAAACAGGAUUCCUCUACUGGCUCCUACUCCAUCAAUUUUGUUCAAAAUCCAAAUAAUAACAGAUAACAAAGAUAACAAUGGCUUUUAAAGCUGGCUUGGAAAUUGUAUGCUGCUUGUGUUAGCAAGGGGAAAGGCCCCGCCAAUGUUUAACGUUUAACAGCAUCUUAUCUCAAAGACAGGCUAUCUAGUAGAGGCCAGUGCUCCCUUCUCCCCCUUGUUUUAUGAUCAGGGUGAAACGCAGUUCCUGAUGUAAUGAGCCUAAUUUGAUUUCCAUUUUAAGGUGGUGUCUGUGCAGCUGUUGCCUUGGUUCUGGCUGUUCUUUGUUUUGUCCGGGAGAAAGCCUGCUUGUCAAGGCUCACCUCCCUGAGCUCCACAAAAACAAGCCCAGCUGGAGUCUCCUGGGCCGAGCAAACCUGCCAGUCGGAGACUGCCCAACCACGAUCGAGGGGGUCCCCACCUGCUGUCCCCUCGCCCCGAUCACACACACUGCCCAGGCUGCCCUGCGUGGGCUCCAUCAUCUCCUAAUUUCCUCUGUGGUAAUAAACGCUUUGUGUGACAGUC